AUGUCCACAGUUGUCAUUUCUGGAAUACCUAUCUCACUUUAUUGCUUUGAGUUCAUCAAAAAUGCAAAUUCGAAUGACUUUGCAACAAUCGAUGCUUAUAAAAUCAACCUAUGGAAACUUAAAAACCCUAUACCUGGCGAAAACUUCGAGGAGCUACAAAAAAUUACGCUCGAAAAUAACAACAAUUUAACUUUAAUGGAUGAAACACAAGUAAUUGGAUACUACUAUAUCACACCGCAAGCAAAUCUAAUCCAUGUUAUU